AAUAAAGACAGUUAUGCAAAUUAUUUAAGAAUUGAUGAAUUGUUUUGAUACAGAGAAAAAUAUAUGUGUCAAAAUAAGGAUACAUUUAUUGUACUCAAUUGAAGUAUUAUUAAGCUCAAACUGAAUUAUUAGUUUAUUUAUUAUAUGCAUAGUAAGUUCUCCAUAAAUGACAAAAUAACGUGAUCAACAUGUCUUCUGCAACAAACUACAGUUUUUACUUAUGGGUAACACUAAUCACGUUCGUAGUGAGUCUGCUCCAAAAUGCUCAAACAACAACGAACACCGGAAUUAUAAAUAAUGCUGUCCAGGAUGGUCCUGAAUUCACAGAUAUAAUUGAAAAUAUUACAGUUCCAGCCGGGAGAAACAUAAAAUUGGCUUGUUCAGUGAAGAAUCUAGGAGUGUACAAGGUUGCAUGGAUGCAUUUCGAACAAUCAGCAAUACUGACGGUGCAUAAUCAUGUGAUCACUCGAAAUCCACGUAUCAGUGUAACGCAUGAUAAGCAUGAUAAACACAAAACAUGGUUCUUGCAUAUUUCCAAUGUACAAGAAGAGGAUAAGGGUAGAUAUAUGUGCCAAAUUAAUACGGUGACUGCUAAAACGCAGAUUGGUUACCUUCAUGUUGUUGUGCCACCAAAUAUUGAUGAUAAUGAAACAUCAAGUGAUUUGACCGUAGAUGAUGGAGCUAAUGUCACGCUCAAAUGCAAAGCUACUGGGAGUCCAGAACCAUCAAUACGGUGGAAGCGAGACGACAACUCAAAAAUUAAAUUUAAUGGGACAUAUGUGUCGGAUGUUGAGGGCGAAGUUCUGGAAAUUCGUAAAGUGGGUCGCUUGGAUAUGGGUGCUUAUUUGUGUAUUGCCUCAAAUGGUAUUCCACCAAGUUUAUCAAAACGAAUUAAACUGGAUGUUGAUUUUCCGCCUCUUUUAUGGGUUCCGCAGCAUUUAGUUGGCAUUCCAAUCAGUUAUAACAUUACUCUAAAUUGUAGUAUAGAAAUGUAUCCUACCUCAAUUAAUUACUGGGCACGAGAAAAUGACUCGGAACAUAUUGUUGAUUCAGAAAAGUAUAAGACUGAAUUUGUUAAUAACCUAAGAUCAUCGUACAAGUUUGAGAUGCGACUUACUAUAUACAAUGUACAACCAGAGGAUUAUGGUUUAUACAGAUGCUACGUGAAAAAUUUAAAGGGUGAAGCAGAUGGAGUCAUUCGCUUAUAUUCAACAUCACCGCCAACUACUCCAGCACCACCGACAACAGUUACCACAACUCGUCAAACGACAUCGACAACACUCCGGUUUGAUCCUACGAUACCAUAUUUCGGUCAAACAAACAGUCCUACUGUGCACUUAUUAGAUAAAGGUACAAAAUAUCAGUCAUCAAAUUUGAAUGAAGUUGAUCGAUCUGAGCAAAAAUCUUCUGGCGAAAGUUCAAAAAGUCUCGAUUGGCCUCAAGAGGAACAUAAACAUAAUAGAGGUUCAACACAUUUUCCUUAUUUAUUACCACUCAAUUUGGUUAUGAUUUGUGCAGUGGUAAUGCAAAUCAGCCAAUGACCCAGUUGUGAUUUAUUAAAUAUUAUUAUUGUUAGAUAAAGAUUUUUUAAGAGAAAUAUAUUAACUGUAUAAAAUGAUAAAUAGUUGUCGAAAAUUCGCACAUAUUAUGAACAGAAGGUAUGAGUUUAUAAGUCAAGACAUUUUUAUACGUGAAAACGAGCUUGAUAAAUAUGUAACAGAAGAUAUGCUAAGCCUUUGUGACUUGAAUAUAUCAUUCA